CGUACAGAGUUGGUUGGUAAACUUCCAAUAGCGCGAGCAAAAACCAAAGAGCAACGUUUAUGGAAAAAGUAGUAAAAUUUAGAUUUUGCAAAUUAAACUUCAAAUGCAAAGAAAAGUGAAGUGCUGGGAAAAAGUGUGCGAUAAAACUAAUUUUUGGCGUGAAUUUCGAACGAAACGAAACAGUAUUAAUAUGAAAAGCGUGAUUUGAUUCGAAUAUAAUUAAAAAAUUCUUACUAAAUAAGAGAAAAUUCGAAAUUGUGCGUCAAAUAAGCAAAGAAUAUUGGUUUCUUUCAAGAUAUGCACAUUUUUCGUCAGGAAGAAAGAAGAAAUUUGAAAGUAAAAUAAUCUUUUAAAUCUACCAACGCUUCAAUUCCGGGCAGUAAAUUUUUAUCUACAGCUGAUAAAACUUAUUUGCUUUUGUACGUAAAAACAACACCAACUCGUCAGUGCUGGUUGAGCUUGUAGACAGCACGAAAAGCCGCUAACAUGCCGACUGAAAGAGAACGCCUGGAAGAAUAUAGUAAAUUUGCGCCACACAAGCACAAAUAUGAGAUUCUCCCGUUGACCGAUAAGGCUCGUGAACAAACACAACAUUAUCAGCACGAACAAGCGGUACUACAGCUACAACAACAUAAUCACCUCAAUCAUCAUCAUCAUCCUCAUCAUCAGCAGCUGCUGCAACAACAAUACUUUCCGCAAAGGCGUCGCUCACGUCUCUCAUCGAUCGCUUCAUAUUUGUCAGCGGUGCCGGAUGAAAAUGCUGCAAUUCGUGGCGUUUUCCAUCAGGUUCUAUCCACCUGCGCCGUUUUGCUGCUCUCAGCCGCGUGUGGCAUGCCCAUCGGCUAUUCGGCUGUUCUGUUGCCACAAUUAUCGGAUGUGAAUUCGACCACAGCGGAGAUUGCCAUUAAUAUGGAAAUGGGCUCAUGGAUUGCAAGCGUUCAUAGCUUAGCAACACCUGUAGGCUCGCUAAUCUCGGGCCCUUUGGCUGAUUUUGUUGGUCGCCGCUCCACUAUGCUGUUGUCGAUUAUUCCUUUGUGCAUGGGCUGGUGUACGCUCGCUCUGAGCCGUUCCUUUUCAGUGGUCAUAAUUGGACGUCUGUUGUGCGGUUUUUCUACCGGACUACUUGGUGGACCAGGGCAGGUCUAUAUUGCCGAAACAGCCGAGCCCAAUCUUCGCAGUAUUCUUAUUGGCGCUCCCUAUGUCUCCUACUCCCUGGGCAUACUCAUCAUUUAUUCACUCGGCUCCGCAUUACAUUGGCGUCACGUGGCCUGGUGCGCCAACAUUCUGCCACUCUUCGCAGCCAUUGCUCUCUUCUGCAUUCCUGAAACGCCCGCUUGGCUAAUGCGUAACAAUAAGCUGGCCAAAGCGCAAAAGGCGCUCACUUUCCUGCGCGGCAGUGAGAUCAUCGCACGCAAGGAGCUGAACGAUAUGACCGAGCGAUUGAACAAGGAGCGCGCCACUACUAAAACGAACGAGAACAUCUUCAAAUUGUGCACCGAACGCUGUGCCAUCAAACCGCUCUUCAUCGUAAUCACCUUCUCGCUGCUGCAAAUGUUAUCCGGCUCGUUCAUUGUCAUCUUCUAUGCCAUCGAUAUUAUUGCCGAUUUUGGCGCCGACAUUGAUACCAAAUCGGCUGCCAUUUGGACGGCGGCGGUGCGCAUGUGCUGUUCACUCAUUUUCUGCGUAAUUUUGUUAUUCGUGCGACGUCGUCGCAUCUUGACAAUCUCGAGUAUCGGUUCGGGCGUUAGCUGUUUGAUUUUGAGUGUGUAUAUGUAUACGCGCGUGGGCAUGGCGAAGAGUGGUGCAGAUGUGCUCGUAGCGGCGGGUUGCCUCUUCGCCUACAUCGCCUUCAAUACGCCACUGAUGGUGAUGCCGGGCAUAAUGAUUGGUGAACUCUUUCCGGCACGCAUCCGAGGACGUACAGCGGGCGGUGUGUUUGCCGCAAUGAAUGUGGGCCUCUUCGGGUUGACAAAAGUUUUCCCAUAUGUGCAGUCAAUUCUAAAAAUGCGCGGCGUUUUCAUGAUCUUCUCAAUCGCCAGUUUUGUGGUGACGAUCUUCAUGGGCUUCUUUCAGCCCGAAACGAAGGGACGUUCCCUGGAUCAUAUUGAGGAUUAUUUCAAUGAGAAUAAUUGGUUGUGGUUCAAACGAGAUAAGCGGUACAAGCAGGUGGCCAUGAUGGAGAAGGCAGCGAAAGCCGGUUUAAAGGGUGAGGCAAAAGCGUAAGGGAUAAACAUAAAGGGGCAGUUGUAUAUAUCUAAAAAUGUGUACGCAUUAAAAACUGCAUUAAGAAAUCGUGUAUAAGUAGUAAAUUGCCGAAAGGACUAUGAUAAAGUAGUGAUAAGCAAAAAACAAAAGCAGAACACACCAAAAAAUAGCUUUGCUCAUCAAAGAAAAUGAGAAACUCACCAGGGGUUUAAUAAUUCUAAAUAAAAGACUAACUUUCCAAAAAAAGACAGCCUAUCUACGAGUAUUGAUUAAUAAAUAGUAAUGAAAAGUAAUCGUGGUUAUUUAGUAGUAAGUUUCAGAAUAAACUAAAUAGAAUAAAGAAUAUCUAUAAAAUCCAGAAAUGCCAUAAACUGUGAAACUGAUUUGCAUUUACAUUUUUUCAUUGAAAAAAAUAUACUCCAAACUAAGUAAAACGAAAAAUUAUCUCAAACAAAUGUAAGUUAUUGGUUAAGUCGCUGAAUUACCUCGUACAUUUUGCAUUAUGCGUAAUAAUAGGUCUGUUCAUGAAGCAAACAGAUUAUCACGUUUUGGUGUUCAUGUACCCAAAAAACUUGCAAAGUAGGGGAAAGUAAGAGAGCAAAAUGGCAUUUCCUUUUGGGGGAAAGUUGCAAGUUUUUAUUGCUGAUCGCAAAGUACAGCUGAUCGCAAAGUGAAAAUAGACGCGAAUUCAAAUUGGCGAAUUGCAGUUGUUAAUGGAAUUUUCUUCAUCUGACAGUGGUGAUGAAAUG